GUGUAACGUCCAUCGUGCAUACUCGGAUGCAGCUUUACGCUUCGUUUUUGAUUACGAAUUCGAUUGCUCGGUGUUGUCUGUGGUUUGGCAGAUGGGCAUAAAAAUUGCGAGGGUGCAGCUCAUCCGUUCAGUUCGCCUACGGUACCCAAGUGACUUAGAUUAUACGCACAGCUAAGUUUUUUCAGUUUCCAUCAGAGAUAGUGAGAGCCCUCAGCCGAAAGUGGGAGACAGGCGAUAAGAUUACCGUCAACUUAAUUAAAAACUAAAAGUCGUAACUCGAAAAUAUUGUCCUUAGCCUUAGAUAAUAAAGAGCAGCCAACUCAAGUGGCACUCGUUUGAGUGGCUUGUGAAUAUGCGCCAAAAAAAUAACUGAACAAGCCGUGAAAUCAAGGAAGUGAUCUUCGCUGGGAAUUCUCAACAUCGAAAGGUUCCAACGCCAAAAGAUGUAUGUGGCCAGCUCCACUGGUGGGCUGAUGCUGCAGACCAUGUUGUACUUGGCCAAUCAGACCAGUCUGGCGACAGUAGGCACUUUGGUUGAUUUUCCACCAGCCCCCAAGAGCGACAUCAACGAGGUAAAGUGCUUUGGAGUGUAUGGCUGUUUUCCGAUUAAUGGACCAUGGAACACGGUAACCCGAUCCAUCAACGUUCACCCGCAAAAACCUUCGGAGAUAGAGCCGCAUUUCACGGUGCACACGAGAAAAGCCCUCGAUCAGCCUAAGUAUCUCGACCUUAACGACCCCGAAAGCAUCCAUAGCAUGGAAAUAGAUUCAAAGGGCAAAAUUUUUCUGCUGGUCCAUGGAUACUUAGAGUCCGGUGAGAUUCCCUGGAUGUGGGAUAUGGCAAAGGCCCUGCUUUCCCACGAACCCGAGGGUCGUGCAGCCGUGGUCCUUAUCGACUGGGGAGGCGGUGCCACUCCCCCGUAUGUCCAGGCGGUGGCCAAUAUCCGACUUGUGGGUGCCAUUACCGCCCACGUAGUGCACAUGCUGUACGAGGAGCUGCGACUUCCGAAUCUGGACAAGGUGCACAUAAUCGGACACUCACUGGGUGCUCACCUAUCCGGUUAUGCAGGGUAUCAUCUACAGCAUGACUUCGGCUUGAAGCCGGCCAGAAUUACUGGCCUAGAUCCAGCGGCUCCUCUAUUCACGGACACCGAUCCCAUUGUUCGGUUGGAUAAGACGGAUGCCCACUUUGUGGAUAUUGUGCACACGGAUGCCAAUCCUUUAAUGAAGGGUGGAUUAGGCAUCAAUAUGCGACUGGGUCAUGUGGACUUCUUUCCGAAUGGCGGAUUCGAUAAUCCCGGCUGCAACAAGAAGUUUCAGGAUGUGGUUAAGAAGAAGACGCUGUUUUUGACCAUGCAGGAGUUCCUCGGCUGCAAUCACAUUCGCAGUCAGCAGUAUUUUACGGAAAGCAUCGGUUCGCAGUGCCCUUUCCUGGGAAUAACUUGUGAUUCCUUCGAGAGCUUUAAAGACACCAAGUGCACCAGCUGCGAUGAGCCUGGCCACACUUGCCUGCGAAUGGGUUAUCACAGCCAAGAGGACUAUCAAGAGCAAAUGGAUCUCGGACAGCUUCAGCUGGGUGAUUCACUAGGAGACUUUUACCUGUGGACUGGUGAUAGCAAGCCAUUCUGCCGACUACACUACAGGAUAACAGUCCGAAUCUCCGGGCAUGACGAAAGUACACUUCACGGAGGCGAGGUAGGAAUCCUCUCUAUUCAACUGCACGAUACCCUCCAAAAAAGUAAUGACGGAAAAAAAGAGCGAGCCGUUACGGAUAUGAUGAAAUUCUCACCAAAGGCCAUGUACUUUGAGCCCGGCUAUGAAUACAAGGCUUUGGUAGCCGGUCAAAAUCUCUUGGAGCCGGAAUAUGUCACUGUAAACUGGGAGUAUCCCGCAAACAUACUAAAUCCACUUACGUGGCGCAUUCUUUCCGCGCCGCGUAUUUACAUUGAGUAUAUUCUCAUCGAAGCAAUGGAGUCUAGUGAGCUUUAUCUAAAAGUUUGCCCACAGCACGAAGGGGCCAUUCUCACUGGAGCCGAAAACAUCCUCCGCUCCAAAUACUGCAGGGAUUAAGGAAUAUACAACUAGUUAAAUAAUUAUGCAAUUGGUUCAAUCUUUUAAUAACUUAUUGAUCAACUAGACAAAAAUGUCUAUAUUUAAUUUAAUUUCAACGCUAAAUAAGCCUAACUUUUUAAUACUUACUUUUUUAGUCUUUUAAUAUCUGUUUAAUAUCUGCUUAAUAUAUAAUAUACUUUUAGGAAAUUGGUUGUCAAAUUUCGGAUGUCGAAAAACAAAACAAAAAGUGCAGGGUAUGUACACCCUCUUAGUUCUGAACACAACUAAAAUGAACGAAAGGUGUGUGUCUGGGCUAUGAAAGCAUUUAAAAUUCCCUAUUUCUUUAUAGCAAGUGACCUAAAGAAAAAACUAUAUUUUGAAACGUACUCCUAGUUAUGUACAUAACCAAAAAAGGGGCGGUGUUUGUCUGUACUAUGAGAACACUUCAUAACCCCUGAUUUUAUUUUAUAGCAACUGGAUUAAAAACACUUUGUAUUUUUAAUAGUAUUCUAAUAGUUCAUAACGACGAAUUCAUUCUGAACUGCUUAAGUUUUUUUUUUUUAGAUUGAGUAAGUGUAGCAAUAUUGCAUGCUGAUUCCAAAUAUAAAUAAAGCAGAAAAAAAUGCACAAAAUAUUA